AUGGCGCGCAAGACCGGAGCCUGCAUCAGGAUCGGUUUUCCGCAGCGCACAGUUCUCAUCAUGUUGGGCUUUCGAUCGGCCGCCCCAAACUCUUCAGCCCAGGCCCAAGAUGCCUUCGGCGCCUUCAUGACCUCGAACAGUUCCAGUCCGAUCCCCGCUCAGAAUUCGCCCAUGCCGGAUGGCCUAGCUUUACAGUUACCGCAUCUUGCAGAACAACAUGGGCGACGUUUCUCGCCGGGUCCUUUUCAAUCUGCUCCUCAAAUACCGACACCAGCUGCCUACAUACCUCAACACCAGUCAAGUGCGCUGCCCCGGGCAUCCGACUGGGCGCAGGACUUCGCGAUGUUCUCCCAGGGCAACGCGAGUGCUGGGAAUCAUGCGCCCGCCUACUCAGGCAUGCAACAUCAACCGUACCGCCCAGCCGGCUUUGCACCAAACAUGGCGUUUUCCACCGGACCCUCAUUCUUCGGCUCCAUGGGCGGGCCCGCAACAGCCAGUCAACAAGGAACGAUGAAUGCGGCUACUGCGCAGGCUGAUUUCGACCAGGAAAUGGAUCGAUGGAUGGCAGCUCACGGAGACGGUAAAAUCGAGGACGUUGACGCAAUCAUGGAGGAGCUUGCGCGCCAGCUGGAGCAGGAACAAGCAGGUGUUCAAGAACCACAAGAUCAACAAAACGUUGAAACUUCGGCAAGCACUGCAGAGGCAUCAUUGGAAAAUUCUUUGGCAGCCGAGCAGUCUGCGAGGCAAAACAGUCGAGAAGCGUCUCUAGCUCAGAACGUUGGCAUCGUCGACGAUCACGGAAGUGUGAUUGAUGCUCGACUUGAGCCAAAUCAUCUGCCUGACAUGUCACGGCUUGACAUCAACGAGACGCUUGAAUCGACAUCGGCGGAGCCUACUAGCCAAAGGCCAUCGGAGAUAUCGGAGGCUGCGCGACAGAUCCUAGACUCGGUACAACAUGAGCAAGGUGACAAGUGGAAGAACUCACGAUUUCUUCUGUUGAUGAGAGACUUCCGGGAUGGGAAUAAGGACAUCGUAGACAACGAAAUUAUGGAGACCCGAAACGAAGGAGACCGCCAAAGCGAGCAAAUAACGGCAGCUGGAAAUUGA